AUGUCUGCAAAUAUAAAAGGUUCUAAUAGCUCCAAAUUCCAGAUCUCUGAGUUUAUCCUGCUGGGAUUCCCAGGCAUUCACAGCUGGCAGCACUGGCUCUCCUGGCCAUUGGCACUUCUAUAUCUCUCAGCAAUUGGUGCAAAUAUCCUUAUCCUCAUCACCAUCCACCAAGAUCCUUCUCUGCAACAACCCAUGUACUUUCUCUUAGGCAUCCUCUCUGUGGUGGAUAUUAGUCUAGCCACCACUACUAUGCCCAAGAUCCUGGCCAUCUUCUGGUUUGAUGCCAAGGUCAUUAGCCUCCCUGAGUGUUUUGCUCAGAUUUAUGCUAUUCACUGCUUUGUUGGCAUGGAGUCUGGGAUCUUCCUCUGCAUGGCUUUUGAUAGAUAUGUAGCUAUUUGUCAUCCACUUCGCUACCCGUCAAUUGUUACCAAUUCUCUAAUCUUAAAAGCUACCCUGUUCAUGGUGCUUAGGAAUGGCUUAUUUGUUAUUCCAGUGCCUGUGCUUGCAGCCCAGCGUAAUUAUUGCUCCGGGAAUGAAAUUGAGCAUUGCCUGUGCUCCAACCUUGGGGUCACAAGCCUAGCUUGUGAUGACAGAAGGCCAAACAGCAUUUGCCAAUUGGUUCUGGCAUGGGUUGGAAUGGGGGGUGAUGUAAGUCUUAUUAUAUUGUCAUACACUUUGAUUCUGCUCUCUGUACUUAGAUUAAACUCAGCUGAAGCUUCGUCCAAGGCUCUGAGCACUUGCAGCUCCCAUCUCAUCCUCAUCCUCUUCUUCUACACCACUGUUGUAGUGAUUUCAGUAACUCACCUGGCAGAGACUAAGGCUUCUUUAAUUCCAGUUCUACUCAAUGUGCUACACAACAUCAUUCCCCCUUCCCUCAACCCUAUAGUUUAUGCGCUUAGAACCAAAGAACUUAGGGCAGGCUUCCAAAAGGUGUUUUGUUUGGGCUUAAAAAAUAAAUAA